ACAAUAGCAAAUAAGUUACUUAUCUUUUACAGCCUCCAAUGUCAGCGGGUCGCAUAAAUUUGAUAAAUCAGGCAUUUAAAAAGAUGGAUCGCACUGGCGAUGGUGUGAUAACUAUUGAAGAUUUGAAGGGUGUCUAUAAUGCACAAAAACAUCCUAAGUACUUAAAUGGAGAAAUGACUGAAGAUCAGGUUUUUCUAAUGUUUUUGAAAAGCUUUGAUUGUCCAAAUAAUCCAGAUGGAAAGGUAACAGAAGAAGAAUUCCUUAAUUACUAUGCAGGCGUUAGUUCCUCUAUUGAUACAGAUGCAUAUUUUGACUUAAUGAUGAGAAAUUCAUGGAAAAUUUAAAAUAAAUUUUACAUUCCGUAUAUCUCCAGUAUUUUCAUCCUCAGAAAAAAUUUUUUAUUGAAUUAAAGCUCUUACUGUUUACACAGCUGUCAAACUUAAGCAUUUAUGGUGAUAUAGUGAUGCCUAUAUAUAAAUUUUAUUAGAUAGCUUGUUGAUGACCUUGUGACAAUAAAAAUGUGCAUAAAUAUAAAAUAUAUAGCAAGUACUGAUAUUCUGAAGUAUCUUUCAAUGUUGAUGUCUAAAGAAAACUGUUCAAAUGCAAAUUUAGGCUUCCAUUGCAAUCAUUGAGCCAUCUCGAUUCACCUGCCAAAUUUUGUAGCAAAUUUAGAUAUUUAGAUUGAUAAAAUUGUUGAAAAUGAUUUGCUAUAAGAAAGAAAAAUAUUUUAAUAUACUAUUUGCUAGAAUUAUGUAACAAUUUAUAUAGAAUAAGCUUAUUACAAACUUCCAUCCAUUAUAAAUUGUCAAUUUUUACAUAAAAUAUUUUCAGGUGUAUUAAUUUGAUCCAGUAAUUAGGGCCAAAUUAAUAUUUAAAAAUAUUUGUGUGCUGUACUUAUUAUUAUUAUUUUUUUUUUGUAUACAGUUACAAACAGUAUUAUUGUUGAAAAAACUAAAAGAAAGGUACUUAUGGCAUUUUUUUUUAUUAAUGAAAAGUUUUUGCCUGUAAAACUUUACAGUGAUUUUAUGGUUUUGCAUAUAUGAUUGCAAUGUUACUGUUGUAUUUCUAUUUAAUGUUGUCAUUGUUGCUAAUAUCCCUAUAAGGCUUUUUAUAUAUAUAUAUAUAUAUAUUGAUGGUUCAAAACUUUCUUAUAUUGUUUAUUUUAUAUUUAUAUUUUAAAAUUGUAUACAAAAUAUUUUAAAUCAUUAUCC